AUGAACAACAUAUAUACCGAUUUUCCUUUUGCUACAACCUGUACUAUGUCAGUGAAGAUAACCGAAAAAUCACAAGUACAGGACUUGAUACUCGAUAAAUACGACUAUUUCCUUUUUGAUUGCGAUGGGGUGUUGUGGUUAGGUGAUCAUUUGCUUCCCUCCAUUGGUGAAACUUUAGAAUACCUCAAACAACAAAACAAAACCGUGAUAUUUGUCACCAACAACUCAACUAAAUCACGUCGUGACUAUUUAUCUAAAUUUGAAAAGAUGGGGAUUUCCAAUAUCACUAAACUGGAGAUUUUUGGAUCAUCUUUCGCAUCAGCAGUUUAUGUGGAUAAGAUUUUGAAAUUACCAAAAGAUAAGAAAGUUUGGGUCUUGGGUGAAGAAGGAAUUGAAAAAGAGUUGCAUGAAUUGGGAUAUAGCACAGCCGGAGGUACGGAUCCGGAAUUAGUUAAAGAUGGAGUUAAGUUUGAUCCAAAUACAAACUUGUUUGAUAAUUUAGAUCCUGACGUUGGUUGUGUUGUUUGCGGAUUGACAUUCAACUUCAAUUACUUGAAAUUGUCCCUCACCAUGCAAUAUUUACUCAAGGACGACAAAAGCAUCCCAUUUAUUGCAACCAAUAUUGACUCUACAUUCCCCAUGAAGGGUAAGUUAUUAAUUGGUGCAGGAUCGAUAAUUGAAACCGUAGCAUACGCAAGUGGAAGACAACCGGAUGCUGUAUGUGGAAAACCUAAUCAAAGUAUGAUGAAUUCAAUCAAAGCACAGUUGCCUGGGUUGGAAAAGAACCCCAAAAGAGGAUUAAUGAUUGGUGAUAGAUUGAAUACGGAUAUGAAAUUUGGAAGAGAUGGUGGAUUGGAUACUAUGUUGGUAUUAACGGGUAUUGAAACAGAGAAUAAUGUAAAACAAUUAUCCAAAGAAGAUGCACCAACCUAUUAUAUUGAAAAAUUGGGAGACGUGUAUGAAUUUACUCAUUAG